CAUCAUUCCGCUCAUUGCCGUUUGACAUUCUUUUGACAAAAAAAUAAUAAAAUUUGCACAUUAAAUAGAAUAAAAUCAUUUUUUUUUAAAUAAAAGUAAAUAUUCAAUUAGUAUAUUUUACAACAUGAAGUGUUUAUUUAUUACCGCUAUUUUUUGUCUCAUUGCCAUCGUUUUAACAAGCAAGUCUCAGGUACAAGGCGAAUCUAUCGAGUAUCGUCACCGAUUGAAACGGCAAUCAUUCAGUGGCAGCACUAGUAGUAGUAGCACUACUUCAAGUGGAAAUGGCCCAAUUAUGUUCCAGCAAACCUCAUCUUCAUUCCAAAGUCAGGGGCCCGUUGGAAAUGGACAUUUAGAAUCACGAUUUGGUGAAAAUGGAGGUUCCAGUGGACAUGUGUCAUACACCUCAGGCACCUACGAUCCAAAUACAAAAAAAACUUACAUUUAUCAAAAUAUACAUCAGGCAAUUCCAGUUCCAAUACAAGUACCAAUUUUUAACUCCGGAAACCAGAAAAAAGAUUAAUUAACUGUAUGCAUACUUUGUACAAUUUCAUAAUAAAGAAUGACUCUUUUUUAAAUAACUAUA